CAGCGCGAGCCCGGCCCGCCUCGGCGCCGCUCGGGCGGGCUGCAGCGCGCCAGCACCGCCCCGCCGCGCCCCGCCCGGCCCGGGCCGCCGGCCGCGGGCCGCCGCCGCCCGGGACCCGCCGCGCCGCUCUAGUUUUACGCUCUGUGCCUGGGCAAGGUGAUGGACAGCAGAGCAGAGAUGGAAGUUGUGAGAAGCAUGAAGGGGAAUCCUGCUGGGGAGGUUAGUGUCCAUGUGGUCACCACUGAGAACACUGUGCAGAGCACCCACCUGCCAGCGACUGCCUUCAUCAUACCAGCAAAUGCCACUACCAUCAACCUUCCUGCGAGCACCUUAGAAAUCCAGCGAUUCCCACGGGAGCCACAGAGAAGCACAGGGGCUGAGAGGCCGGAAAGGGGAGCAGGGAAUGAGCCCAUCACAGCCACUGUCAUCCCCCAGAUCAGUGGGGUGCAGACCUGCAACACAGUCCGUGUGCUGGAGUGGAAAGAUGGGGUGGCUACUUUGCCUGGGAGUAACCUGCGGUUUCGGAUAAAUGAGUAUGGGACACUGAAGGUGGUGAGUGCUGAUAAGAUGCCUCCAGUGGAACCUAUAAAGGAGAGUCACCCAGAGAAAGACGGGGACUCAGAGGUGCCACCCACCAGCAGGGACAAUCCUACUGUUGCUCAGGAUGUACCAGAGCAGCCCAGGCUGCCAACAGCAGAGGGCAUGUGCCACUGUGAUACCUGUGGCCGGAGACAUGUUUCAGACGGGGCCCGGGAAGGCAGGGGCUUCUGCAGUGAACACUGUCACCAGCAGUUCAAAGAAAGGUCUGUCAUUGUGGAAAACUCUGCUAGCAGCACCAAUGUCAUUGAAAUCCUCAAGCCAGUGAAGAAACGGAAGAGGAAGGAUUACCAGAGCCCUUCGGAGGAAGAAUAUGAAUCUGAGCAAAUGGAGGAAAAGCAGGAAGAGAGGAAAAACUCUGCAGGAGACUCUGCUAUCAGCAGUCCAAACACUGAAGCAUGGAACGGGAGCCAGCACGGUGCCAGCGAGGAGAAGAAAGAAGGCUGGUCUUGGGCGUCCUACCUGGAGGAGCAGAAAGCUGUCGCUGCCCCUUUAGAUCUCUUCCAGGAUUACCAAGUAGUUUCCCAGCACAAGAAUGGCUUUAAAGUGGGGAUGAAGCUGGAGGGGAUCGAUCCACAGCACCCAUCUAUGUACUUUAUCCUUACUGUGGCUGAGGUGUGUGGUUACCGAAUGCGCCUCCACUUUGAUGGCUACUCCGAAUGCCAUGAUUUCUGGCUGAAUGCUGACUCCCCCAACAUCCACCCUGCUGGCUGGUUUGAGGAGACAGGGCACAAACUCCAGCCCCCGAAAGGGGUUGUAGGUUAUAAGGAGGAAGAAUUCAGCUGGACAAGCUACCUGAAGAUAACAAAGGCCCAGGCAGCUCCUAAGCACCUCUUUGUGAUCCGAAACAGUCACGAGGCUCCACCGGGCUUUGAGGUGGGCAUGAAGCUCGAAGCCGUGGACCGCAUGAACCCUUCCCUGAUCUGCGUUGCCACAGUGACGGACGUGGUGGACAAUCGUUUUUUGGUGCACUUUGACAACUGGGAUGAUACUUAUGACUACUGGUGUGACCCCAGCAGUCCAUAUAUCCACCCAGUCGGAUGGUGUCAGGAGCAUGGCAAACCCCUCACACCUCCUCAAGAUUAUCCUGACCCUGACAACUUCAGCUGGGAAAAGUACCUAAAGGAAACUGGAGCAUCUGCUGUCCCAGCUUGGGCCUUUAAAGUGCGGCCACCCCAUGGCUUCCUGGUGAACAUGAAGCUGGAGGCAGUGGACAGAAGGACUCCCUCCUUCAUCCGAGUGGCCAGCGUGGAGGAUGUGGAAGAUCACAGAAUAAAGAUCCAUUUUGAUGGCUGGAGCCACGUCUAUGAUUUCUGGAUCGAUGCAGAUCAUCCGGACAUCCACCCCAUAGGCUGGUGCUCAAAAACUGGGCACCCACUGCAGCCUCCUCUCAGGCCAAAGGAACCAGCCUCCUCUACCCAUGGGGGCUGCCCAACUCUGGGCUGCAAGAGCAUCCCUCACACCAAGGGCUCCAAGUACAGCUUUCACCACAGGAAGUGCCCCACGCCGGGUUGCGACGGGUCAGGACACGUGACUGGGAGAUUCACAGCCCAUUACUGCCUCUCAGGGUGCCCACUGGCAGAGAAGAACCAGGGCAAGCUCAAAGCAGACUUAUCUGACACCGAGGCCUCAGCUCGAAAGAGGAACCUGAUCGGCUUCUCUCAGCGAAAGAAAUCUCGGCACCACGGGAGAGGGCGACCGCCGAAGUACCGGAAGAUCCAGCAGGAAGACUUCCAGACUAUUUCCUCAGACAGUAUGCACCAGUCGCUCUUUAUGUCUGCCCUGUCUGCCCACCCUGACCGCUCCCUGUCCCUCUGCUGGGAGCAGCAUUGCAAGCUCCUGCCAGGGGUGGCUGGCAUCACAGCAACCACAGUGGCCAAGUGGACCAUUGAUGAGGUCUUCAGCUUCGUUCAGACUCUGACGGGUUGCGAGGACCAAGCCAAACUCUUCAAGGAUGAGAUGAUCGACGGCGAGGCUUUCCUCUUGCUGACGCAGGCUGACAUUGUCAAAAUUAUGAGCGUCAAGCUGGGCCCGGCACUCAAGAUCUACAAUGCCAUCCUCAUGUUCAAAAAUGCUGACGACACCUUAAAGUGACUUUUCUUGACCCAGCUGAGACCCUCCCUCAGCACCGGUGCUGCCAAACUGUCUGGCCAGGACAGAGAUCCCCCGCAACAGCCUGCAGCUUGUCGUGUCCUGCCCACACCCUCUUGGAUGCCUCAUGUCUGCUCUCGCACCAGUCCAUCUCCCUGACCCUCUUCCUCUCUCUCUCUCUCUCUCUCUCUCUCUCUCUCUCUCUCUCUCUCUCUCUCUCUCUCUCUCUCUCUCUCUUCCCCCCCCCCCCCCCCCGCCCUCCCUCCACACUGUCCCUCUCCUCCAGUGCUGGUAGAGGCUGACGAGGCAGAGGGUAGAUUGACGAGGCAGAGGGUAGAUGUGGGAUUAGCCUGCCUUAGCGUGAAAGCCACCCUUGAUGUGCUCUGAGUGCAGUGACUGCGCUAGCUCAGGGGUGUGUUCAGGGAUGGUGGAGCUGCACAGAGGGUGCAGGGGACCGAGGGCUGACACCACUGCUCAAGGAACUGAGGAAAGGGAAGGGACUGACUACCCACACGCAUGCUCAUACCCAUUGAAAGGCUUGUCUUUCCUUUGUUCAGCAGCUUGGAGAGUUUUUUUUUUUUUCCUCUCCUGUCUGUGUUCCCCUGGGGGGAGGCUUGUGUUAACAACAGAUCUGAGGGACACUCUUCCGGGGACAUUCUGCUCACUUUGCCUUUUUCUCUCUUGACUUCUUGUGACUCCCCCUUUUAAGGCCAGGUGAUAAUUUUGCUUUGCCCCUUUAUUGCACUGGGAAUCAGUGGCCAACCUCUUGCCCCUUCUGAGGAGCAGUGUGUCCCAGCCAUGGCUCCGGUCAUGACCAGCACCAGUGUUUUAUUGCUCUUUCCUAUAAGGCAGCAGCCCUGGGGCCCCAUGUGGCCAGGGCUGUACGGAUGCAGAAUAAAGCUCCAUUUCCUUUUACACUUUCGGCUGCCUCAGCCAGCACAUCUCUGGGAGAAAGGCUAUUUGAUUAACUUGUGCCCCUUGCAGCGAUUAAAAAGUCCUCUACAAAGGAGAGGCAGACACACUUUAGUCCCCGUAUUAGGAGAAAGGCCCUUUCUAGCAUUGAGGCAGCUGCAGAGGGCAGAAAGCCUCUAUUUCUCCAUAGCAGAUCUGGAGCUUGGUUCCUAAGGAAUUCCUAAGUUCGUUGACUCCGUCCUGCCAAGCCACCUUCUCGCCCCCUUUUGCCGUCCUGAGGCCCCCCCAAGCUUUGGUAUUAGAAAGGUAGGAUUAUUUGGUUUUGUUCUGUUUUCCUUCCCUGCAGAGCUAAAAAAUUCAGCAGCGGACAGGUUUUUCUGUCCUUUUAGCAACAUAGUACCUUUCAAAAAGGGUGCAUGCACUUUGGAAAUGCUCAUGUAAUGCUGUCCCCUGUAAUGGAGGGAAGGCCAAGUAGUCUAGGAUUUUUUAGCCUGAAAAGCUGACAUGACUGAGGGGAUCCAGACAGAGUCCCAGGCGGCUUCAGAUAGUGCCCAUGUCACCACCUGCCAGGAGGGAGAGGACAUGCAGUGCCUAUGUGAUGCUUAUUGGGGUCUUCUGUCCCUCCCUGCACGUCUUCUGUGGGUGACCACUGGAGCAAGGACAGCAGGUGGAGGGACCAGUGGUGUGACUGUGCGGUGCUUGUGGUUCUGCUCUGUCACACCAGAAGGAGGUCAGCACUGGCUGGGCUGUCUGUGACUGGAGGUGGACUCCUGGGCCCCUGAGAAUAUUUCACAGUCUGAAGUGGUGUGAUCCGCGUCCUGGAUGUUCCUUCUUUCCCAUGCCCAUGAGUGACAAUACCAGUAGCGAAACAAAUCUUUCCCCCUUUCCCAGUGCUCAAAGACAGGGGUGAGAGAUCUUAGCGUGUGCACCAGCAACAUGUCUCGGAGCAACACUGCCUUGGAAGCCACUGUCACACUUGGGUCAAUUUGUGCUAGGCUUCCCAUGGAAAUGUAGCAUUUUGACUCUUUCUUAUUGAAUAUUUGGGGUCAUGUUUGACCUGCUCUUGAAAUGUCUGCUGCUUGCUGUUCAUGCAGGGCUUGUAACUAGUCCAUGUAUUUAUUUUGUCAAUGCUUGGGUUUGAUUCAGGCAGCUCUCCCUCUCCUCUCCCUUUUCAUCUUCUUCCAUCUCUUCAAGCACUGUGGUGUGGCCAGCUGUGGAGAGAGGGUGAGUGGGAAGGAACAGACGUGUCCUUGAGUGCCACCAUCACUCCUGGAGUCACCCUCAAUCUGCAGUAAAUGGUGUCAAACUUGGUCUCGUCAGCUAUCGGAGAGCCUCUUCCUGGGCUUCUGUGUGCUGGGGGAGAGGAAGAGGAGCUCUGGGACCUUCAGCUGUGAGAUUCUCCAUGUAAACCGUGCUCUGAAACAUCUCCAGGUGUGAUCUGGAAGGGCACAUCUCUUACUUGGCUCUCAGUACCUUGGCACAGGACCUGGUCAGUGAGCUUAUAAGGAACUAUCUUAUGAAUCCUGCUCUUGUCUGCUCCUUUCCCUCAUGCUAAGGCAUUCCUCCCUUUGGGGAGGGGACUAAGUGCUUGCCUUGGGUGUGCAGGAGUAAAUUGCUACCAGGGUAUCAGAUCUAAAACCAGCACAAAGGAUGGAGGGAGAGUCUUGUCUCUCCCAGGGCCGCCCUGGGGAGCAGAGGUGGUGGGGAGCUCCCAGGACCGCUGCUGAAGGGGAAAAGGAGCUGUAAAGCCAAACCAUGGCUGGCCCACAGGACCACAUUGCCCACACAGCAGCUCUUGCUCUGCUGUUGUGGUGAUCAAGGCGUACUCUGCCUGGGCCCUGGCAAGGUGGGCAGAGGUGGGUGCUCCAGCCUGCACUGGCCUUGGGCACCAGAAGGUGCAGCUGGAAGCUGCUCCCAUUGGAUACUGCCUUCCUGGGCUCUUGUAACCUCUGUAAGAGCAGAUGCGAACUGACUGAGCCUGCCAUGCAUGGCCCCCAGCUGCAUGGCUGGACCCAGGGUCUGUGGUGGGGAUGUUGCUGGGUCCAAGCUCUGCACAGGGAGCAGCUUGCUGGGAAAAACAGCCGCAUGGGAAGUGUGAAGUGAGAUGUGAAGAUUUCUGUCACACUCGCUCAUCUGCUGUCUCGAGCACCAGUUCACCUGCCUCUUGGGCUGGCGUCUUUCAGUCCUUUGGGUAAAAAGCUUCUGAAUUGGUCUGGGUGAGAGAGUUACAGAGUUUGUCGAUGGUCAAGGGCUAUUUACUGUUAAAGCUUAUAACCAUCUUUUUGUUUCCUCAAAAAAACAAACAAACCCAAAGCAUUGUGUGUAUGUGUGGGUGGGUGCUUGUGCGUGCCAGUGUACAAAAAUCACAAUGCCAUUUCCUCUGCUGGUGGUCUGACACUGUUUUAUUGUGGUCUGCCUGCCGCAAAGAUGUGCCUGGGAAGGUGGUAGGCCCUGGGCCGUGGGCAGUGGCAGCUGGGGGAGCAGACAGCCUGUCGGGAAGCAGAUGUUGCCCCUGGUGCCCGCAGGGAAGCUGGGAGAAGGAAGGGUGGCUGCACCCUGGCUGCGGCAGGUCCUGCAUCUCCAUGGAGCCCCAGGCCAGGGAGUGUCGAGGCGGCUGUGGCCAAGGCAGAAGCACCAAAGUUUUGCAUCCUCCCCCUGUCGGCCAGCCAGGCUCUUCCUGGACACCCCCACUGCCAUGUCGCCGAGGAGCCGGAGCAGAUGCUAGGGCUGAAGCUGGCCAGCAGAUCUCCUGGAGGCUCUUUUCAAGAGAUGUGACAACAGUCCAAGUUUUUCAGUUCAUGAAGGAUUUUUUUAGUAUAUUUCUGAGUGGAGGCCCCUGAAGCCUGUGCUCCCACAGUCCCACCUGUGCUGCCGGAGGUGGCGUUGGCUCAGCUGGAGCCACUUCCCGCCCUGUGGUGGGUGCCGCGGUGCCACUGCCCCUCCAGCCCCAGCCUCAGGUGCCAGGGUGUCUGCCUGGGCAGCGGGCCUGGGGAUGGCUCUGGGUGCGUGUGAGCAGUCUGAGCCUCCCAGGAGGGUGUUUAUCCCUUCAGUGAGAGCCUGAGGUCUGUGUUCCUGCAAAGAAAAGGGAGGGCCUGAGGCUCGGCGAGGAACUGGACCUCUGGCCAGAGCAUAGCUGGCUGCCUCUCUUGCUCCAGGAGGCCUGAGCAAUUUUUGCGUCAAUCACAAGCGCUGUUUAAAAAAAGAAGAAAAAGAAUCCAAAUGUCUGGGAGGAUUGAUGGCUUACGACAGCCACCUCCUGCCAAGGCAAAUCCGUGGACUUGAGUGUAAUGGAGGGAGUGCUAGCAGAGGAGGCAGCCGCAUGGAGAGGUGACUUAGCAGCUUCUCUGCUGUUCUCCCUCACUCCUUCAUUUCUUGGGUGGAGGGGGCACCCUGAGUGCCAAGGGAAGGGAAACAGCCCACAGCUGCAGCCCAGGUCUGUUCCCCCUCCCCACCUCCCCUUCUGGGGCCCCGGACUUGCUGUUUCCUGGUGGGAGGAAAAGGGAUUUGCAUUUUGGAAGGAGUGUGUUUGUGACGACAAAGCUUUUUUGCACUUUCAUUCAUUUUGCACUUGUUUUUAAUUUCUAUUUCUUGAAUUUUUUGAUAUUUGCACCUCCUCUUUGUGUUUUCAUGAUGGAAAUACUAUUGAUGUAGCCAGUGCAGCUAUUCCAGAACUUUGUGUCUUGCGUAUACAGAGGUUUAAAGAUCUUAUAUAUAUAAAUUUAUGUUUGUAUAAAAAUAAAUUUAUAUAUAUAGAUCAGUAUGUGGUGUGUUUUGUCAGUGUUUCAAAAUAACAAUAAAUAAAUGUGAAUAGCGGAAUUACA